AUGUCCAGCUUCGCCUUUUCGCGCGCCACGGAGACCGAGCUCGGCUCGGAGAGCGUCUGCAGCUUCCCAGCGACGAUGCAUCAGACCUUCUACGGCAGGCUGCAUCGCAGGGCCAGCGCGGUGAAUAAGAUCAAGGUUAAGGACAGUAAGCGAGUCUUCCGAUGCCUGGAACAAGAGCUCUGGCCAAAUCGGAAAGUCCCCUGGCGCGCGCGGAAGGUCACCAACUACCAACUCUGCUACGGCGCCCCACGACCGCCCAACGGUGCUUGGAUGGCCCCAGCGCGCCUUCCAAGACCGGUGGCAGAGGUUCCGUUCAAAGGCAGAGCGGUAGCACCCGAUGAUUCGAAAAGCGAUGUCUCCCCACCGGUGUCGGAGUUGGGUUCCCUUCCCCUGACCGACGUCGCCGUGUCGCCCUCCGCCGUGUGUUCCACGUCGGCAUCGAGCCGAGCACGGCCGCGGUCGGCCACCCCGCAGACGAGGGGAAGCUCAGCGCUGAAAAGCCUUGGGGCGCGGUGCUCGGAAGGUCGCCCGCAGUCAGCCUUAGCAUCCCGAUGUCGAUCCAGUGGAAGAUCGGCGACUGCGACCGCGACCAGUGAGGCCACUGCCGCCACCUUUGGCGCCACUUCGGUUCCCAGCGCCGCACCAAGCGCCGGCGUUUCGGGGAAGGAGAACCCGGCGCCGUCGACGCCGGGACUCGAGCGGCUGGUCGAUGUGGUCGAGGAGGGUCGAUGCCCUGUGAGGAAUCGCAGCCGAGUGAAACAU